GUGACUUUGCGAUGUGUGUGCAGCCCAGCCAGUCUAGAUCACUAUUGCAUUCUUAGGUAGCACCAUCCAGCAUCCAACAGCCAAACAGGUUUUAUUUCGCAGCCGCCAAUCUAUCCAGAUUUCCUAGUUGUCGGAAGAGACGACCAAAACCUGAUUUGUCGGAUCGCCAGCGAAGCUACGUAACACCACGCUCAAAAUCCCAAGACCUUUGAGAAGGCUUCGCCGAUCGUCAGGCCGUCGCCGAGGAAAAUAAACCCCAGCCACCCUCUGUGAGCCAAACAUCUGGUUGGCUUCUGUUUUCCUCGUCGUUGUCGUCGUCGUCCCUUCCUCCUGAAACCACAGCCAUCGUCGUUCGACACGCCGGGCGAUUGUCAAUCACGGCUCCGGCCUGCUCACACCUUUCAACAGCGCUCUGGACUCGCCCGCACCCGGCGGCGCACGUCGAUCCCUCAACCCCCCGUCUAGAGAGUGCGUCGGUGGUGCCGCACCACCCGAUGCACACCAUGGCGCGCGUUUACGCUGAUGUCAACGCGAACAUGCCCCGGAGCUACUGGGAGUAUGAUACGGUCAACAUCAGCUGGGGUGUGCUCGAGAACUACGAGGUGGUGCGCAAGAUCGGUCGCGGAAAGUACUCAGAGGUCUUUGAAGGCAUCAACGUCGUCAACUACCAGAAAUGCGUCAUCAAGGUUUUGAAGCCGGUCAAGAAGAAGAAGAUCAAGCGAGAAAUCAAGAUUCUGCAGAACCUCGCUGGUGGGCCGAAUGUUGUGGCCCUGCUCGACGUGGUUAGAGAUUCACAGAGCAAGACUCCAUCACUCAUUUUCGAGUACGUCAACAACACCGACUUCCGCACGCUCUACCCCAAGUUCAACGACAUAGAUGUGCGGUAUUACAUCUUGGAGCUGCUCAAGGCGCUCGACUUCUGCCACAGCAAAGGCAUCAUGCACCGCGACGUGAAACCUCACAACGUUAUGAUCGACCAUGAGAACCGCAAGCUGCGCCUGAUUGACUGGGGUCUGGCCGAGUUCUACCACCCGGGCACUGAGUACAACGUCCGUGUUGCGUCUCGCUAUUUCAAGGGCCCCGAGUUGCUGGUCGACUACCAGGAGUACGAUUACUCGCUCGACAUGUGGAGUCUCGGGGCCAUGUUCGCUUCAAUGAUCUUCCGCAAGGAGCCAUUCUUCCAUGGGAACAGCAACUCGGACCAGCUGGUCAAGAUCGCCAAGGUUCUCGGCACCGACGACUUAUUUGACUACCUCGACAAGUACGAGAUUGAGUUGGACGCCCAAUACGAUGACAUCCUGGGUAGGUUCCAGAAGAAGCCCUGGCACAGCUUCGUGACGGCGGAGAACCAGAGGUUUGUGAGCAAUGAAGCCAUCGACUUCCUGGACAAGCUCUUGAGAUAUGAUCACAUGGAACGUCUGACUGCAAAGGAAGCGAUGGCGCAUCCUUACUUCGAGCCCGUCCGUGGUGAGGGUGUAUUGGAGCGCCUCCUUGCGGCAGGAAGCAGCACCUCGGCUUGAAAAAAAAAGAAGCAUGGGAUUUCAGUCUGAUGUUCGUUUCUCUGGCUUUUUCGGUAUCAAUCACCAACUUUUGACCAAUCCGUUCCAGUCACAUUACAGAUGUCAACAGCAAAAAAAAAGACGUCUCAAACAAGAUACCCCCCCGAGAUAAUUACUUCAAGCAUAAAGAAGCGGAUGAGGGACUUAUCUCAGAAAAGAAAAAAAAAAAAAAGAAAGAUCUCUACCCCGUUCCCGUGUGAACCCGAGCUCUGUAUCUCGAGGUUGUAGGCGUGUGUGCGCUUCUCAAGAAACAGCGAGCGGCACAGGUACAGGUGGGGGGCGUCAAUGGUUGUUUUGGGUCGGAACCGUGGGUAGUAAUAUUUGUAGGUGAAAGUCAUGCCCGGGUUGGGACGCUUCGCCAAGUUGGUCGAUUCCCGAAAAAAGGAGACAAUGACGGUGUCGUGCUUGGUUGAGUUUUCAGGCCUGGCGGUUUCAGCGAACCUUGGCAGUUGUUGACGGCGGCGGCUCAAGGUGACGUACGGGUUGUCGGCCCCAGUACUUGGGGAGUUAUGCAGAAGAAUAAACAAGAUUCAUUAUGAUCAUCG